ACAGCCAAGAAAACCACAGAAGAAGAAGUCCUCACCUCCGGUAUUUCCAUGCAUUGGCGGGCUUAGCAUUUUCAGUGUCCGUGUCUAAGCUGCCUCUCCUCGGCUGACGGUGGUGGACUGACUCCGAGGGAGACGACGACAACAACAGGGCAGGCAUGAGCGCGGUUCGAUCGGGUUCGGUGGCCGGCCCGGUCCAACAGGGACUUAAAGAGGCUCUGAUGGAGACCCUGACGGCCAUCCUGUCUCCGGUUCAAGAAGUACGCGCUGCCGCUGAGGAACAGAUUAAAGUGUUGGAAGUGACAGAAGAGUUUGGUGUCCACCUGGCAGAACUUACAGUGGAUCCCCAAGGGGCGCUCGCCAUCCGUCAGUUGGCGUCUGUCAUCCUGAAGCAGUAUGUUGAAACUCAUUGGUGCUCCCACUCAGAGAAGUUCCGCCCUCCCGAAACCUCAGACCAGGCCAAAGCUGCUAUCAGGGCGCUGCUGCCCAACGGCCUACGAGAGUCCAUUAGCAAGGUGCGCUCCAGCGUGGCGUACGCAGUGUCCGCCAUCGCCCACUGGGACUGGCCCGAGGCCUGGCCGCAGCUCUUCACCCUGCUCAUGGAGAUGCUGGUCAGCGGCGACGUCAGCGCCGUGCACGGGGCCAUGAGGGUCCUCACGGAGUUCACUCGGGAAGUGACAGACACACAAAUGCCGCUGGUGGCUCCCGUCAUUCUACCUGAGAUGUACAAGAUUUUCACAAUGGCUGAGGUGUACAGUAUCCGUACCCGCUCCAGAGCUGUGGAGAUAUUCACCACCUGUGCCAACCUCAUCUGUGCUAUUGAAGAGCUUGAAAAGGGUGCAGCCAAAGCCUUGAUUUUCCCUGUCGUGCAGCAGUUUACAGAAGCAUUUGUGCAGGCCCUGCAGAUGCCUGAUGGACCCUCGUCUGACAGCGGCCUGAAGAUGGAGGUCCUCAAGGCAAUAACAGCACUGGUACAGAACUUCCCCAAACCUAUGGUGUCUUCCAUGCAGCAGAUUUUGCCCAUCGUUUGGAACACACUAACAGAAAGUGCAGCAUUUUAUGUAAGAACAGAGGUCAACUACACAGAGGAAGUGGAUGACCCGAUCGACUCAGAUGGUGAAGUUCUGGGUUUCGAGAAUCUGGUUUUCAGCAUCUUUGAGUUUGUCCACACGCUGAUGGAGAAGAACAAGUUCAAGAGCACGGUGAAGAAGGCAUUACCCGAGCUCAUCUACUACAUCAUCCUCUACAUGCAAAUGACAGAGGACCAGAUCAAAGUGUGGUCGUCUAACCCUCAGCAGUUUGUGGAAGACGAGGACGACGACACCCUCUCCUAUACUGUCAGGAUCUCUGCUCAGGAUCUACUGCUGGCAGUUGCUGCCGAGUUCCAGAACGAGAGUGCAGCAGCACUAGCAGCGGCGGCCACAAGGCACCUUCAGGAGGCAGAGCAGGCCAAGAACAGUGGCAAUGAGCACUGGUGGAAGAUUCAUGAGGCCUGCAUGUUGGCGCUCGGCUCUGUCAAAAACAUCAUCACUGAGAAUGUGAAGAGCGGUCGCAUCCAGUUUGACAUGCACGGAUUCCUGGCCGGCGUCGUCUUGGCUGAUCUCAACCUAGCAGCGGUGUCUCCGUUCCUCCUGGGUCGGGCUCUCUGGGCAGCCAGUCGUUUCACUACCGCCAUGUCCCCCGAGCUCAUCCAGCAGUUCCUGCAGGCCACGGUGAGCGGCCUCCACGACAGCCAACCGCCAUCCGUGCGCGUAUCUGCUGUCAGAGCCAUCUGGGGGUACUGUGACCAGCUGAAGCUGUCUGAGAACACACACAUCCUGCAGCCCUACCUGCCCAGCGUCCUGGAGGGGCUGGUCCAGCUGGCGGCUCAGUUCACCUCCGAGGUGCUAGCGCUUGUCAUGGAGACGCUGUGCAUUGUGUGCACCUUCGACCCGGCCUUCACCACCAGUGCCGAGAACAAGAUCUGCCCCCUGACCAUUGCAGUGUUCCUCAAGUACAGCAACGACCCUGUGGUGGCAUCCCUGGCCCAGGGCAUCUUUAAGGAACUGUCCCAGAUCGAAGGAUGCCAGGGCCCCAUGCAGAUGCGUCUUAUCCCCACGCUGGUCAGCAUCAUGCAGGCUCCUGCUGACAAGAUCCCAACUGGACUCUGUGCUACAGCCAUUGACACCUUGACCACGGUUGUACGCAACACCAAACCGCCUCUAUCAGAGAUGCUGGUGUGCCAAGCGUUCCCUGUAGUUGCACAGUGCACCUUACACACAGACGACAAUACUGUCAUGCAGAAUGGCGGCGAGUGUUUGCGGGCAUACGUCUCAGUUGCCCUGGAGCAAAUCGCCCAGUGGCGGGAUGACCAGGGCAACAGCGGCCUCUGGUACGUCAUGCAGGUGGUUAACCUGCUGUUGGACCCCAGAACCUCAGAGUUCACAGCCAUUUUCGUGGGCAGACUAGUGUCCACUCUCAUCUCCCGGGCUGGCACUCAGCUUGGGGAGCAGCUAGACCAGAUCCUGCGGGCCAUCCUGAGCAAAAUGCAGCAAGCCGAGACACUGAGUGUCAUGCAGUCUCUCAUUAUGGUGUUUGCCCACCUGGUUCACUCCCAGCUGGAGCCUCUUUUGGAUUUCCUAUGCAGUCUGCCUGGCCCAACAGGCAAGCCUGCUUUGGAGUUUGUAAUGACUGAGUGGAUGAGCAGGCAGCAUCUCUUCUAUGGACAAUACGAGGGUAAAGUCAGCACGGUGGCUUUGUGUAAAUUGCUGCAGCACAGCCUCAACACCGACGACAAGCGUCUCCAAGACAUCAUGGUGAAGGGAGAGGAGAUCUACAACCCGGCGGACGGCAUCCGCACGCGUUCCAAGUCUGCCAAAAAUCCUGAGCGCUGGACCAACAUUCCCUUGCUGGUGAAAAUCUUUAAGCUAAUCAUCAACGAGCUGUCCACUGUCGUGGAGGCCAACGCCAGCCGGGCGAACCCAGCUGACUGGAGCCAAGAUUCCAGCAGCAUGUGUGAGGAGGAUGAAGAAGAAGGUGAAGAGGAUGAUGACGAGGAUGAAGGGCUGGCAGGGCAGCUGCUGUCUGAUCUCAUUGCCUCCAACAAAUAUGAUGAUGACUAUUACGAUGAUGAGGAAGAUGAUCCGGAUGCCUUAAAUGACCCGUUGGAUCAGAUAGACCUGCAGGCAUACCUGACAGAUUUCCUGACUCAGUUUGCCCAGCAGCCAUGCUACAGCAUGUUCUCAGGCCAUCUCAACAACAACGAGAGACAAACGCUGCAGUCCAUUGGCCUCUAGCCCAUCCCCUCCUUACUGCUGCUGCUACGCCGCCGCCCCCCGGCACACCGCCUCCGUUGCCUCAUCACUUACAGCAUCAAUUUAGCGCAAAGGAAGAAAAAAACCUGAGCCUGUGCUGAUAGCAGAGGAAGAGGAUGGAACACAAUGCCCUGCUUCUCCAUGCUUGUAAAGGAGAUGAAGAGGCUGUCCACCCUGGUCUUUCUUUCCUUCAGAACUCGUGAUCAGUCUUUUUAAGACGAAUCUCAGACUGAACAGGGCGAUCAAAUGGAGGUCAAGGCUUCACGGUGGGCCUGGUGAACCGUGACAUAUGAACUGUUUUGCCAUGUCUUCUUGAAAACCAUUUUUUUGGUGUUUGUUCAUUGGAAGUCCCUUCCAACUGUCACUAAGGAAGAAAAUAAACUCCUCUUUGGAGAAGGCGGCCUUAAGCUCCACAAACUCUUUUUUUUUUAUCAACAUGCAACAAAAAGCUCUUAGUCCACUUAUGUAUGUUUUUUGUUGAUUUGUCACUGUUGCCAUGGUGAUUUCUUUAGCCUUGUCGUUUCCUGGUGCCCACUGAAAAGUGGGGACUAAAACAUUUCUAAAUAAAAGUCUGA